CGGAACGUCACCACCGCUGGACUACUUUCCACCAAAAUAUCCGUACCCCCGGUCAACCCGACCUGGCCGCCGGGCGUCGAGCCACCACCGCCGUCACCCUUUGUUCCCCCGUACGGCCAGCCCAACCCGACCUGGCCGCCGGGCGUCGAGCCACCACCGCCGCCCCCCUUUGUUCCCCCGUACGGCCAGCCCAACCCGACAUUGCCGCCGCACUCCAAUUACUCCGCGCCGCCCUCCUUUCCACCAGUUGAGGAUCCAGGGGUCUUAGUACAGAAGUUCCUCGAUCAACUCGGUGAACAGCCUCAGCUACCUCCCGUCGUGAUUGACCCAGUGGGCCCCGUCGGCACCGAUGACAACACUGUGGAAGAAUGGUCGCCAAACGGCGUGGUAUGGCGGAGGCGACAGUACAAGAAGCGCUGCAUGCCGCUUAACACGACAGAGACGACGCCGCCCCCGCCGCAGCCGCGGUUCCCGCGCUCGCUGUACAUCCGCGCGAACCUCACCGUGCCGCGCGCGGACUACACCGAGCCCUACGAAGUCAGGUGGGACGCGGAGACUGGAGCGGCGCGCAUCGACUACCACGGCGGCACCGCCUCCUCGUACCGCCAGAUUGUCGGCGACGUCGUGUACCGACACAUGCUCGUCCUCGAUCGAACGGGGGAAUCUAACGUUCGUCGCUGUACAGACCAUCAGAGCCGGGCCUCGAAGGCGGACCGGGAGCUGCCCGCGCUGCCUAACCUGGAGGUCUUCUCCUUCGCGGGCCGCGACGUGCACGGCAACGAGGUGUGGCGCCACACUGCGUCGGGCCACAGCGGGGAGCUGGGCGCCGCGCGGGGGGAGCAGCUCACCUUCCGCCACGAGCUGCUGCUGAAGCGCUCCGCCGACCAGUACACGACCAUACCACUGCGAUACUCCGUGCGAGUGGACAGCUCGCUAUUGGGUCCUGAUUGCGACGGGUACAUACAUCAGUUCGAUAAAGUAGAGAUAGAGCAUCACCACCCUUCAAUAUUGCAUCUUAGCCAUGAAGCAUGUGAUUACCGAGAAUGGACAGAAAAAAUGGAGACCGUGGAGCCGCUGCGAGAGUUCACGUCGCUGCACCGGGCGCAGCACCACGACGUCGACUUCAAGCGGUACAUGGAGACGUACACCCGCCUCUACGCCGAUGACAGGGAGCUAGCAACACGCAAGAACAUUUUUAUACAGAACUCCCGAUUUGUAGCGUCCGCCAACCGACAGGGGGCCUCCUUCGAAUUGGAACUCAACUUUCUAUCGGACCGGUUGACAGAAGAGCGCCGCGUCCUCUUGGGCGUGGAGCCCAACUUCAGCACAGACUCGCCGUGCAAGCCUUUCCCGCACUCGCCCUCCGAGAUCAACGCGAAUCGGGGACGCCUGAGCCGCACAUUCGACUGGCGCGAGCUCGGCGCCGUUACCCACGUGCGCAUUCAGGGAACAACGUGUAUGUCCUGCUGGGCCCACGCGACGGUGGGUGCCUUGGAAGGCGCGCUGUUCCGUGUCACUAAUCGGCUCGUGCCGCUCAGCGAACAAGUCCUCGUGGACUGCGCCAAGCCGUAUGGUGGCAACGGAUGCUCUGGCACGUGGCCGACUGCCGCCUACGAAUAUAUGAAGGCAGAAGGAAUACCUGCACUCACAGAUUACAAAUAUGAAGGCAAAGAGCAGCUGUGCCGCGCUAACAGUGUGAGGCCCGUCCAACGCACACACAUCAGUACCCACGUCAACGUCACCAUUAACAAUAUUGUGGCGCUGAAGAUGGCGAUCUCGAAGUACGGGCCCACGGUGGUCAUUAUCGAUGGCGAGACAUUGUCCUUCACCAGCUACAAGCGUGGCUAUUACUAUGAUGGCCGAUGUCGAAAAGGAAAAUUUAACCACGCCGUGCUAGCAGUGGGUUGGACAGUGCACCGAGAGGAGACCUACUUCAUCUUGAAGAACUCGUGGUCGGAGAAUUGGGGCGAGGCGGGGUACGUGCUCAUGCGCGCGCCCACCAACACGUGCGGCGUGCUGCAGCAGCCCACGGUGCCGGUGCUGCCGCAGGAGACGGAGCUGCUAGGCUAGCUCGCCGCGCGGCGCCGCCCUGUUGUUACCUUGUUACUUGUUCAUCUUAGUCAUUAAACGUUAAGAAAAUGUUUGUA